AUGCUCCACCUUGACCACAAACAGGCUCAAGGAACUGUCAAGACCAAAGAGCUAGACUCACAUGACAACAUUGAAACUUCUGUUGCUUGCCGCGCCUCUGUUUUGCUCAAACUUGCACAAAUCAACGCAUUUUACAGUGCUUUUGUGCAAGCUCAACCUGAUAUCCCAAUUCAACAAGCAGCAUACAAGCAUGGAAACGCGCCUGUUCUUGAACUAGAGGCAGUUGUGAUGGAAAAUGGUCAACUUGCGGAGCAAGUAGGCAAAAUUAUCGACAUUUGGGAACAUAAGCAAGCUAUUUCUUCAACUUCUAGUGUUUCAAACACCUUUGUACUUGUACAAUGGUACAAGGCUUCACCAAUCUUUGCUUCGCAAGCCGUUUGGCUAUGGACUGUGGACUUCACAGAUGCCGAUGUAGAAAUAUAUGUCCCAGACCAAUACCUAGACUGGGAAGCAAUUAUUCCUGUUAGCAAUAUUCAGUGUCAUUGUGCUUGGAUGACUGUGAAUAUUGACAAUUGCCCUGUUUGGGUGGCAAUUGGGCUGGACCAAGAGUGA